CUCACUUUCCUUUGCGUUUUCCUGAACCAUCAAACUCGUCAUUGUAGAGUCUGAGCAUCGUCCAUCAUCAACCAUAUCAACACAACCCACAAAUAAACCGUCAAGAUGGUCAAAGCAGUUUGCGUCGUCCGUGGUGACGCCAAGAUCAGCGGCACCGUGACCUUCGAGCAGGCCUCCGAGUCCGAUCCCACCACCAUCUCCUGGGACAUCACCGGCCACGACGCCAGCGCCAAGCGUGGCAUGCACAUUCACACUUUUGGUGACAACACCAAUGGCUGCACCUCCGCUGGCCCUCACUUCAACCCGCACAACAAGACCCACGGUGCUCCCACUGACGAGGUCCGCCACGUCGGUGACCUGGGCAACAUCGAGACCGAUGCUCAGGGCAACUCCAAGGGCAGUGUUCAGGACAAGUUUGUCAAGCUGAUUGGACCCGAGUCUGUCAUUGGCCGCACCAUCGUUGUGCACGCCGGUACUGAUGAUCUCGGCAAGGGCGAUACUGAGGAGUCUCUCAAGACUGGCAACGCUGGUGGCCGUCCUGCCUGCGGUGUCAUCGGAAUCUCCAACUAAGGGACUGUGCGUGCCAGGUCAAUACGACGCAGUUCAACAGCCCUGCAGAUUUGGACGAUAGUUAGGAAUGGACCAAGACUGCGGAUGUAGAGUCGUUGCAGUGCUAGAACAAGCAGAAUGUUGACCCGCCUUUCCGAAUGUUCACUGCUUGUUUUCUGCGUGGCUCUUGGAAGAGAUAUACCACUCGAGAUCUUCAAACAAGUCAAUUAUUGUCCACAGAG